AUGGGUCUUCAUGGUCUUCAUCUUGUUCAUUCAAAUGCAUGGGAAAGACAUCAUGAACUUCCUAUAAAUGGCGUUCGUUCCGAACGUCAAAUGAAUCGGCUUGUAUCUAAAUUAGCUAAGUCAAUGCAGUCAGCUGAUCGUAUUCAACAUCUCGUUUACGAGAUAAAAAGAUCUCCACAAGCAUUCAGUGGUGAUCAAGUUAUAGCAUUGGCACCUUAUUUUCCUGGAGCCCAACUCGUGCUUAUUCUACACCUACUUGACAAUCAUCUGUUUGGAUUAAAAUGCAAUCAAGCAGCACAAUUGCUGCAAAUGAUUCCGGUUCCAGAAGAACGUCUCGAAGCUCUACAGGUGAUAGACGAGAAUCUACUUGAUCCAGUAAAUCGUUUUCAAUUGAGACACUUAUUUCCUCCUAAUCUAUUACCACAAGUUAAUCAGGUUUUGGCUGAAGCUCGUGGUCAGUCACAUAUUUAUGGAUCGAUUACUAGUUCUCGAGUCAUUUUCCUCAUUGAUACAAGCAGUUCAAUGAACACCGAAUUUGAAACGCGCUGUGGCCAACAUUUCAAUCGACUUCAAUAUAUUGUUCACGAUCUUCAUAAGCUUCUUCAUCAUCGUGUACAACCACAGUUCAAAUUUAAUAUUAUUCAUUUUGACACUCAUGUCCAUCGAUGGAAGGAUUCUUUAACUCUGGCAACACCACAUCAUCUAAAACAAGCUGAACAUUAUCUCGAUCAUUUAGAAGCUAAGGGAGAAACAAAUACAUACGAUGCAUUGAAAGUGGCACUUAGUGAUAAAGAAGUAGAUACAAUCUAUUUACUCUCGGGUGGCGAACCACCCAUAGAUAUGAAUAUAGUUUUAUCCGAUUUGAAAAUAUGGUUAGAACAACGACAAAAUCCAUGUGUAAUACAUACAAUUGCUUUUCUGAUGGGACAUACAUCAGAUGAUCCGAAACCAAGAAAAUUCAUGGCCAAGAUUGCAGCAAUGACAGGUGGAGUGUUCAGAUGUAUGGAUCCGUGUACUCCAUUACAUCAAGAAUUUGGUGAUGAUUCGUAUAGUGACGAUUCUGACUUUAACGAUGAUGAAUUCUUAGAUUUUUUUCAAGAAAGACUCAGAGAUGUUCCUACACAAUUAUUAGAAAAUGCUGGCCUUCCAACGAAACAACAGAAUACAUCGUCGCCAACAGCUUCAACAAAUACUUCUUGCUAA